GCUAAUGAAUAGAUACCUUAAAGGUUCUCUAGUAAAAAUCUAAUAGUGAAUUUCUACGAACGAUCUUCUUCCUUGAUCACUUACGUCAGGAUGUCACUUAUAACACUCAGAGCAGGUAGAGGAUUCAGAGCGGGUGAAUCAAAUAGAGUUGAAUUUCUUCCGGAUAAGGGACAGCUUGAAGUAGAUGUGCAAGAUGGAUUGUGUCGUCUCUCAUGGAGAUCACGCGCUACAGACAGUCUAGAAGAUGAGAACCUUCUCUUCCCUGAAGAUAGCAAGUUUACACGCGUCGAUGAGGAGCCAUCUGGACGUACGUUUAAGCUUACGUUUGCUUCUAGCGGUGCCGUACAUUUCUUCUACCUCCAAAGUGAAAGAUCAGAAAUCUACAAGAGAAGACUAGUAGAGACUAUCAACAGUAUCAUUGACGACCCAGAGAAUGGUGAUAAGCUUCCAAAGCUCCCUACAGAAGCUCAAAUUAGGGAACACCCAGAGGAAUACAACGAAAUGGAGACCGACUGAGGUACAAAAGCCGCGAAUGUAAAUUGAAUACAUUAAUAAACUGUAUAUUUCUU